GAAAAUACCUAUUUCAAGUGUUUUGUCAGCGAUGUACCUGUGACUUUACAGGAUUCCUCAGCUUGUAACACAGAAACUACCACUCUUCCUGGAAAAGUAUAUCUAAGGAGAACACGAGGUCGUUUUUUUACAUUUGCAUUGAAUGAAACCAUAACAGGCGACAUGUCAUUUCAGGUUUUCAUAUCGAGUAUAGAAGCUCAAAAUGGUGAGGCAUGCUUUGAGAGUAUUGAAUUAGACGACGACAAACAGGUACCAAAAAGUCAGCUCACUGUUUCUUCUGGAACCACAAAACGAAUACCUACAAAUACAAACACUAUUUUUACUGGUUGGAUUCAUGAUGCUGCAGAUCCGACACCGUGGAUUUUGGUGGAUUUAAUUGCUGUAACAACAAUAGAAGGAGUUGGUACUUACGUUUCCAAAGAAUGUGACAUGUGGGCUACUUUCAGGUUAUAUUUCAGCAACAAUAAGGAUAAACUACAGUUAUACAAGGACAUGGAAUUUAGAAUAUUCCCACCAGAAGACAUGUGGAACAUAGAUCAAGUAUUUAUUCUUCAAAGACCAAUCCAAGGAAGAUACUUAAAACUCAAACAUUCACUUGAUAUGCCAACAAGCAAAUCUAGAUGCCUUAAUUUCAAAUUGUUCGGGUGUAAACUGACACGAAUAACUGACAUCCAUAGCGACAAAUCAUCUGAAAUGAUGCCUCUUCUUGAACAUGAAUUGCUAUCUGGAGAUUCAACUGUCUUAAAAACAAAUCUUACGAGAUGUAUCGAACUUUGCAGUAUUCAGACCACUUGUAGAGUUGCCAGUUUUAAGGACAGGGUGAGACAGGACAAAGGAAUUUGUUAUCACUACAUGAAUAGUCCGAUUGGAUUAUGGAAAAGUAUUAAGAUAAUCAAUGAUAGACAUUGUUUUGCCAAACUUCAAGACAUUGGUACUUUAACAUUUCUUUAUAAUUCUUUUUUAACAAUAGAGGUCAUUGUUUCAUACGCUGUUAGGAGUAUAGAUUCUUGUAAACUGCAGCUGUGA